AUGCCCCAGACCACGCUCUCAAUUGCCGCUCUACGUUACUUCACAAAGCCACUCUUCGCAGACACACACGCUGCAAUCUCGAAGGUCGCUGAUGCUGACCUGACUACCGCGAUGGGUUGGUUCGUUGCCCUUUGCGUCAAGAAAAUGCUGCAAACUGGCGCCAUCUCUUGCACCAGUAGCCAGCCAGGAAGCAUCGCCGAUGACAACUCACGUCCACUGAAGCGUCCUCGUAUCGACCAUACGAAUGAAGAGAAGCUCGGCACCACCACUGUUACUGUUUCACAUAGCCUCAGAGCUCCACACGUCCGCGUGUAUGUCACCGAGAAGGAGACCCGUAUGGUGGAUGCGAGUACUCAGUCGGCGCCUGCCUCCCAAGAUGAAGAAGACGACCCACUCAUUCUGUCGGAUGACUUAAUAAAUACGUUCGUCCAUGCGUACGCCCCGUAUGCCGCCGAGAACGAACCGGAGCAAGAAGUCUCGUCUCACCUGGGCUGCUUUCUGACGAAAUGGUGCCGCGACAUGGGCUUGGACGACGACUGGCAGGACAACAACUAUGAGCGACUGGUAAUGGUGAUCAAGGCCUUAUACACAGGAAGUCCGCGCGCGCUGGUGUGGUAA